AUGCAGCUAUUUUGUGGUAACAGUUUGGAAUUUUCAUACAGUUGUCUCCUGCCGCUACUGUUGUUGUCGGUUGUGAAAUCAGAUCGAGAACAUGUGGAGCAUGGUUUCAGUGGGAGGUUUAAGAAGGAACACGAUGCCGAAGGCGACCAGCAUGACGUCCAUGCUGAUCAUAAAGUUGUUAUUGGCUCUCGAAAAGAAGCCGAAAUGUUUGAUGAUUUGAGUCCUGAAGAAGCAAAACGACGGUUGACAAUUUUAGCUAAGAAAAUGGAUGGAGAUAAUGACGGAUACGUGACUCGUGAAGAGCUAGAAAAAGUGAUCAAAAAGAACAUGAUUGCGCUGGAUUUGGAGGAAUCAAAUGAUCGAUUCCGAGAAAUGGAUACAAAUCAAGACAGUUUGAUAACAUGGGAUGAAUAUGUGCAGGAAUCAUUUGGCGACAUCGACCCGGAGAAUGAGAUCAUAGAUGCAGAUGACAAACGUCUAUUGGAGGAUGAUAGGAAAUUUUUCUUCACAGCAGAUCAGGAUAAAGAUGAGAAGUUAUCGAAUGCAGAAUUUCAUGCCUUCCAAAAUCCUGAAUCCUUCCCACAUAUGCAUGCUGCUUUAAUUGAGGUCACUAUGAAGGAGAAAGAUAAGAACCAAGAUGGAAAAAUUACUUUGGAUGAAUUUCUGGAUGAUCUAGCGGGAGAUCAGAAGUCAGACUGGUACACGGUGGAAAAGAAUCGUUUUGAACAGGACUAUGAUAAAGAUAGAAAUGGAGUUCUCGAGGGCCCAGAAAUUGCUUCUUGGCUUGUUAUGAGUUUGGAAACAACUGCAGCUGAAGAAGUAGAACAUUUAAUGUCGAAGGCAGACAAAGAUAAUGAUGGACGCUUGUCUAUCGAUGAAAUUGUUAGCGAAUCGGAUCUGUUCGUCGGUUCUGAAGCAACAAAUCAUGGCGAAAAUUUGGUUAAUCUAUCACAUGAUGAGCUGUAA